ACAACAAUCUCCUCAUCGUUGCAAACUCCUAGUCAAAUCGCAAUCCAUACACUAUCAAGUAUGGCAGCUACGAUGCAGAAAAUGUUCCGCACGUGGGCAUUGUCCUCAAGUCGUCUAGGUUUCGACGCUUGAAAGCCUCUCAACAUGUCUCCUCCUGCCGCCAUCUACGAAGUACCUGUUGCCACUGCCAGCGACAUGGGCAUCAAGAAGGACCUAGCCGUCAAGGCCGCCGCCAACAGCCAGGCCAAGACUGUUGCUGAGCUCGAGAACAACUGGGAGACGUUUACCUUUGCUCCCAUUCGUGAGUCGCAGGUCUCUCGGGCCAUGACCCACCGCUACUUCAAUGACCUCGACACUUAUGCUGAGUCGGACGUUGUCAUUGUCGGUGCUGGUUCGUGUGGCCUCUCUGCUGCAUUCACUCUCGCGACCAAGCGCCCCGAUCUCAAGAUUGCCAUUGUUGAGGCUGGAGUUGCCCCUGGUGGCGGAGCCUGGCUCGGUGGCCAGCUCUUCAGCGCCAUGGUCAUGCGCAAGCCAGCUGAGCUCUUCUUGAACGAGAUUGGCGUACCAUACGAGGAUGAGGGCGAUUUUGUCGUCGUCAAGCACGCCGCACUCUUCACAUCAACCCUCCUGUCUAAGGUGUUGCAGUUCCCCAACGUCAAGCUGUUCAACGCCACUGCUGUUGAGGAUCUCAUCACUCGUCCUGCACCGACGUCGAGCGACCCCAACGCGAUCCGCAUCGCUGGUGUUGUCACCAACUGGACUCUUGUCUCUAUGCAUCACGAUGACCAGUCUUGCAUGGACCCCAAUACCAUCAACGCGCCUCUCGUCAUCUCCACUACAGGUCACGAUGGCCCAUUCGGUGCCUUUUGCGUCAAGCGUCUCGUCUCGAUGCAACAGAUUGAAAAGCUCGGUGGCAUGCGCGGCCUCGACAUGCGCACCGCCGAGGACGCUAUCGUCAAGCGUACCCGCGAAGUUGUACCUGGUCUGAUUGUGGGUGGUAUGGAAUUGAGCGAGGUCGAUGGGGCCAACCGCAUGGGCCCUACCUUUGGUGCCAUGGCGCUCAGCGGUGUCAAGGCUGCUGAAGAAGCAGUCAGUGUCUGGGAGGAGAGGCAGGCACAAAACUUGGAGUCGUAGAGACUUCAUGCGCGUCAACAUGAAACAUGCUGUCACUACCUCGGCCAGACAAGCUAUGCAGUAUCAAAUUGAAUACCUCCUUCGCUCA